GCUUUCUGCAAUAUGUGUACUGCAACUCUGAAGAGGACCAACUUCUGGAAAAGCAGCCAUUUGUCUGUCCAGCCUGUAGUCCUGAAAUGGUGGCUGUUUCAGUGGAUGGCAACAGAAAACUCUACAGGUUCCAGAAAGCAAACCAGAUUGAAGAGCCAGGGUUCUUUGAUGGAGUGUUUUUGUCCCAAGACUCUGAGGUGUCCAGUUUUGUUGAGGAAGUCCGGGGGGCUGUCAAGAGUACGGCAGGAAGAGCGAUGUGUGGGGAAUCCCACUGGACAGCAGCAAGAGAGACAUCAAAGCAGGCCAACAAGUUGGAUGAAGAAGGUGUAGAAAUUGCUGUGUGCAGGCAUGGAUUCCUCCUCAAAGGUCUGAAUAUGUAUAGAGGAGAAAUCUUUGCAUAUCCAAUGUUUCUCCAAAAAGAGUUCCAGGGUGCUGCAUUUUUGGCCAUGGAUGUGACCUGCCGUUAUGUCCCAUACCUGGAGAUGGUGUCAGAGGCCUUGACUCAUCUUCAACCUCUUCAGAAAAUGAGACAUUGCUUGUCCGUGAUGCAUGCCAAAGCCCACAAUACAAAAUGCGAGAUUCUGUGGAAUGCAAGGAACCAGGAAGGUGCCGGGACCACUCUUGGUGAAGAAGUAGAGCAAGUCAAUAGUUUUCUCUCCAGAUGUGCCCUGACCACAAAGUAUAUGUCCAAGUCAGUAAGAACUGAUAUGCUUACUGUCCAUGCUAUUGGGUGGAAUUAACGUAAAGAGAAUGGCCUCCACAUUGCCUUGUCUUACAGAUUC